CGUGUGAGCCAAAAUUGCGAAGCUCAAUCCAUAGAUAACGUUGUUUCCGAGUCGUGUACAUGUCCUUAAACCCCGGACUCCCAUUUUCUUCUUUUUCGACCUUUUGCAGCGUCUUUUGGCCCGAACUCUGAGAAAUUAACCUGGAUUUCUGAAGGUUAUUCCAGAAAUGCAAGUAUUAGCUUGCAAUUCUCCUCUGCAAUGUCAGCGUUUUGAUACUCCAAGACGUCUCGGUCGGAGAGAGAUAUUCUUUGAGGGAGUUUCGUCAUUGUAUUCUCGCUCAGAGAUACAAUCUGGUUCCAUCAACAAUGCUUCUUCUCAAUCCGUCUCUAUUCAGAGGUUAGAAGCUAAGAAGGAACAGAAAUUUUCUCCUGCCUUGAGGCCGGAUGAAGAUGAAGAUAUUUCCAAGGAAUUGGGUGUAGCAAUAUGCAGAAUCAUCCCUUUCACAACGCGUAGGAUGUUGCUUUCGAGCCCAUUCAUUUACUUGUUUUGUCAUCCUUCAAGGUACUUCUCAGCCUAUGCUUUAGGGGAUCCAUCUGUGACAAUUGAAGAAGUAACUCCGCCUGUUUCCCCAUCUGGGCCUCUUUUCCCAUCUGAGGAAAAAAUUGUCAGACUCUUUGAGAAGAAUACUUACUCUGUUGUCAACAUCUUUGAUGUAACAUUACGGCCUCAACUUAAUGUAACAGGUGUUGUUGAGGUUCCUGAAGGGAAUGGUUCUGGAGUGGUCUGGGAUAGGCAGGGGCACAUUGUGACUAAUUAUCACGUGGUUGGUAAUGCUCUUUCGAGGAAUCCGAAGGCUGGGCAAGUUGUUUCUCGGGUUAACAUUCUUGCAUCUGAAGGGGUGCAAAAGAAUUUUGAGGGUAAGUUGAUCGGUGCAGACCGAGCUAAGGAUCUUGCUGUUUUGAAGAUAGAAGCCUCUGAAGAUCUAUUGAGGCCAAUUGAGGUGGGACAAUCAAAUUCUCUAAAAGUUGGCCAGAAUUGUUUAGCCAUUGGAAAUCCAUUUGGUUUUGAUCACACCCUUACUGUUGGGGUUAUUAGUGGAUUGAAUCGAGAAAUUUUUAGUCAAGCUGGAGUAACAAUUGAUGGGGGUAUUCAGACAGAUGCAGCCAUAAAUCCUGGAAACAGUGGAGGCCCCCUACUGGACUCAAAAGGGAACUUGAUUGGGAUUAACACAGCUAUAUUUACUCAAACAGGUACAUCAGCAGGUGUUGGUUUUGCCAUUCCAUCUUCAACGGUACUUAGAAUAGUUCCUCAGUUGAUACAGUUUGGCAAAGUCAUUCGGGCUGGUUUGAAUGUGGAUAUAGCUCCAGAUUUGGUUGCAAAUCAACUAAAUGUUAGAAGCGGAGCUCUUGUUCUACAGGUUCCUGGAAGUAGUCUUGCAGCGAAGGCUGGUUUACUUCCCACCACAAGAGGUUUUGCUGGUAAUAUAGUACUUGGGGAUAUCAUUGUUGCGGUCGACAAUAAACCUGUGAAAAGUAAAGCUGAAUUAUCGAAGGUUUUGGACAACUACAAUGUGGGGGAGAAGGUCCUGCUUAAGAUUCAGAGGGGCACAGAAAAUUUGGGACUGCCAAUAACUUUGGAGGAGGAAAAAGGAUCCUAACCACAGAAGGACACAGGAGGAAAAAGGCUACUGAUCUAAAGUGGAUUUGUAGCAUCUCAUUCUGCUUCAAAACCGAAGAAUCUCUGCUUUUAAAAAAUUUAAAGGGUCAGAAUACCCUUCAGGGGUUUGGAGAUGAUUCAAUAUAAGAUUUCUUGCUGUUCGGUUCAUGAUUGUCUCCAGUUAUGUUAUUUUUCUAGAAAGAUUUCUUAGCAACUUUAAAUUUUGGUUUAAAUUUUUUUCCUGCUAAUCCAAUUUUGCGAAGUUGUCUUGGA